AUGAAGUGUUCAGUAUUGGUUGCAUUGGCAUUAUGCCUAACCGCUCAAGUAGCCUAUGGCGCGAGUAUUGAGAAACGUGGUAUAAUUGGCAAUUUCUUGCACUUGUUGGACAUGUUUAACUACCGAGGUCAAUGCCAACAAAAACCACCGGUGGCUACUGGCCCAUCGGUAACAGGUGCGACGCCCACGACAAUGAAAGUGGACCUUGAUCAGUUAUUACAGGCCGACUGUCGACACCCGGUGUCCGUCGACUAUAAGCAAACUGUCCGUCGAUUGGAAGUCGAUUUGAAAGAGUUCGGGCCAUCGGAUCCCACAAAACCCAAUCACUUGGAAUAUUUGCUAGCGUUUACCCCGUUUGUCAACACCACUGUUACCGUUAAUAAACACAUGAAAUGUGUGUCCAAUGGUGUGAACAAAUUGACGGGUAUAGCACUGAACGCUGUCUCCCAUCCCAUGGAGUUGUCGUGCAGUGGCUUUCACUUCAGACAAAUUCCGUAUAUAUUCAACGCAUACUUUAACGGACUCGGAGAGGAUUUGACUGUAGAAAAUUGCAACCAGGUUGUUUCAUCAGUCAAUGGCAAUAUGUUUGAGUUGAAUUUGGGUCCCAUAACCUCUGGCCGAUGCAAAGGGGACUUAUUAUACGUGCAGACCGUCUACACAUCGGACAACCCGUUAGCCUGUGCUGAGUAUUCACUGAAUACACUUCGUGUGACACAUAUGAGUGCCUCAAUCUAUGGCGAUAAAUGUCAGACCACGUGCUCCCUAGACUCCGCUUCUCCUGUCACACUUGACACGGCGAUAAACAACCAGGGUAAAGCAUAAUCAAGCAAAUCUAGAUAUAAUAGUCUUCUCCAUUAAAUUCCAAUUUU